GCACUGAAUUCAGUGUUUGAAUCCUUUUUAACGACUCUCUCUCUCUCUCUUCCUCUAUUACUUCUAAUAUAAUUUUAUGUUCAUAAUUUAGGAACCAUAAUUAUCCAUCCAAAAUUUCAUUCAUUUCCCACUUCAAAUAACCUUCCUUUUCUAUGUUUGGCUGAUCCCAACGCCUCUUUGGAAGCUUCAUUCAUUUCAUCUUUCUCCAGAGCACCUUGCUGUGACAAUGAUAGUACGUAAUAUGCUUAUGGGGGAAAGAAUACAUUCACGAGACCGAUUUAGCAACUGGAGGCUUGAUAUUGACAACAUGUCAUAUGAGCAAUUACUGGAGCUUGCAGAUAAGAUAGGGUAUGUCAACACUGGAUUGAAAGAAGAAGAGAUAAGUAGAUGCAUAAGUAAAAUUAAGGGGUCGAUGAAGAAUGAUUUAGCACCAAACAAACCCAUGCAUGUGGAUAACAAGUGCAGCAUUUGUCAGGAGGAAUAUGAAGAUGAAGGAGAUGAAGAGAUGGGGAAGCUAUGUUGUGGACACAGUUUUCACAUUCAAUGUAUAAAGCAGUGGCUGCUGCAGAAAAAUGCUUGCCCUGUUUGUAAGACUGAGGCAUCACCUCGAUGAUAGCAGCAGCAGCAGCAGCAGCAGCCAUGGAUGGAUUCAAUUUAACCCACUUGUUGGUGGUUUACUUACUGUUUCAUUUAUUUUAGUUUAGUCCAAAAUUAGCGUUUAUAUGGAUGACAAUGGUAGCAACUUUGCCUCCAAAUCAAAUAUGAUGGUGAUUGUUUUGCUUUCA